GUGAAAGAUGGCGGCGUUGUGAGAGGAAGUUUAUCAUGUUGGAUGUUUAUCGUCGAACUUCCAGAAUGGUGUUGCCUGUAAUUGAUGGAUAAGUGCAAGCACGUAGGGCGGCUACGGCUUGCCCAGGAUCAUUCAAUUUUAAAUCCUCAAAAAUGGCACUGUGUGGAAUGCAAUACCACAGAAUCGAUGUGGGCAUGUCUCAGCUGUUCAAAUGUUGCUUGUGGACGAUACAAUGAAGAACAUGCACUCAAACAUUUUCAGGAAAGUAAACACCCCGUGGCCUUGGAAGUAAAUGAACUGUAUGUGUUUUGUUAUAUAUGUGAUGACUAUGUGUUAAAUGAUAAUGCCACAGGUGAUCUAAAAUUAUUGAGGAGCACAUUAAGUGCAAUUAAGAGCCAAAAUUAUGACCGUACAACUAGAAGUGGUAGGACUUUGCGGUCAAUGGCAGGUGGCGAUGACUCUUACCUUUCUCGGGGAUGUACACAAGCACAGCUGCGAAAUGAAGAUAGGAUGUUCACAGCACUUUGGCAUCGGCGUAGAUCGCUUUUGUCUAAAAUUUUCCAGUCUUGGUUUGCGCUGACACCCACAGGCAAACUGAGACUUGUAGAAGAGCGACUAAAGGAGGAGGCUGAAAUUAAAAGAGCAGAUGCCAGAAAAAGACGACAAGAGCUGAAACGACGGCUGUGUGAAAAGUUUUCAAAUUUGCCACCAUGUAAGAGUUCACGUAUAAAAGAACCCCCUCGUUCCAAUGGCCAGUCAACUGAAUAUGCAUCUGCAAAAUCUCCAGCAGUAACAGCUGGCCUUUCUUCAGGUACAGUUAGAUUUAAAAAAAUUGGUGAUUCUCCCAUUAAACGGAGGCCAACCGUCACACCAGGUGUGACAGGACUGAGGAAUUUGGGUAAUACUUGCUAUAUGAACUCCAUUCUACAGGUGCUUAGUCAUCUGCAAGUGUUCUGUGAAUGUUUCUUGGAUCUUGAUUUAAGUCAUUCCCAAGACUUGCUGGCUGGUACAGCAAAUGGGAAAACCAGGUCUUCUAGCAAGCAAUAUUUUGGUGACGUAAGUUCAAGUUCAUCUCUGGAUAUGGAAAAGAGUCUGAGGCGACCCAGUUUUUCUGAAGGCUUAAGUGGGGGAGCAUCUCAGAGCCAAAGUAGAGAGCUCAUUCAACGAAAAGAGCCUAACUCAAAGCAUAUUUCUCUCUGCCAUGAGCUCCAUACACUUUUUCUAGUCAUGUGGUCUGGCAAAUGGGCAUUGGUAUCUCCCUUUUCUAUGCUGCACUGUGUCUGGCGACUUAUUCCAACAUUCCGUGGAUAUGCCCAGCAGGAUGCUCAGGAGUUCCUCUGCGAGCUGUUGGAUAAGGUUCAGCAGGAGUUGGAAGCUUCAAGAACAGUGUAUACACCAACGAUUCCUAUAUCACAGCGAAAACUAAUCAAAAGAGUUCUGAAUGUGAUUAACACCAUUUUCCAUGGACAGCUACUCAGUCAGGUUACAUGCCUUACUUGCGACAACAAAUCCAACACAAUUGAAUCCUUCUGGGACCUUUCUCUAGAAUUUCCUGAAAGAUACCACUGCAAUGGAAAAGAAGAUGCUUCCCAAUAUCCUUGCUUGUUGACAGAAAUGUUAGCAAAAUUCACAGAGACUGAGGCCUUGGAAGGGAAAAUUUAUGCCUGUGACCAAUGCAACAGAAAGCGCAGGAAGUCCUCCUCUAAACCCUUGAUCCUAACAGAGGCGCAGAAACAGCUAAUGAUCCACAAGCUACCUCAUGUUCUGCGUCUGCACCUCAAACGCUUUAGGUGGUCAGGUCGCAAUCACCGUGAGAAGAUAGGAGUCCAUGCCAGCUUCGACCAGGUAUUAAAUAUGGAACCAUACUGCUGCCGGGAGUCAACUGGAGUCCUUGGGGCCAAUUGCUUCAUGUACGAUCUGGCUGCUGUGGUCAUGCAUCAUGGAAAGGGCUUUGGCUCAGGACAUUAUACAGCAUAUUGCUACAAUACAGAUGGAGGAUUGUGGGUCCACUGUAAUGAUUCAACUGUGACGAUCUGUACUGUGGAUGAAGUUUGCAAAGCUCAGGCCUACAUCCUCUUUUAUAUCCGUCGACUCCCUCAUGGCACUAAACUACCAUCACCACCUGCCUCACCUGGUAAUAACUGAACACCAGCAACACAAUUGCAGCUUGUAUACUCAUUAUAACUACUUUCUCAACACAGUCCUAGCCCAAGGAUUUUGUGGAUAUGCAUUUUAUGGAUGACUACACUGUCGGACUUUCCUUUUUGAAAAGGUGCAUAGUUACUAGUUUUAUAGUGUUUUUAUCAAGUAAUUAUUUGGGUGUCAAAAUAAAUGCUUUCAAUUGCUUUACAUGAAAUAAUCAUCCUAUAAUAAUUAUGUACAUACAAGACAGCAUUUGUAAUUUUCAUAUCUGGUAUGUGGAAUUCAAUGGAUCACUAAUGGAUACCUCAUACCGUUGGAUAGUUUAUUGUUCGGUGUAACAGUGUUAAUAUUCUAUUUAGUCAGUCUUUUAGUUCGGUUCUCCAUUGAUCUGACACGUCUGCUUCAACAAUGUUUACUGAUUAAUUGUAUUAUAAUGGUCUUUGUGGAAUCUGCAGUGAUCCUCAGUUUUAAAUCUCUAAUAUUUUAUCUGCAACAUUAAGAUCUCAUAUUGAACAUGCACCUUUAUCCAUUAAUGUGACCCCUGCCCCAGACUUCAAAAUGGAAAAGUAAUGUUUAAUUUUAUUUCUAGAUGAAAUGAGGGUGAUAGUUGUGCUUCAGCUCUGCACAGCUGUGGCGAAAAUACUUUUGGAGGGUUAUGUCAGUUUUGGAUUCUGUAGCUUGUGAAGGCCUUGAUAAAAUGCAGCAUAGACUUACUGUAGAAAUUAAAAAACACAGGAUAAACUGUUAAUAUCCCUUGUGCCAAUGGGUCGUGAACACUUGCUCGAGACUGCCUUGUUGUUGGGUGUGGCACGGUUGACAUGCAGGCUUUUCAAGUGGGCACCCUCCUUCCUUGAUGUUUCAUCAGUUAAGACUGAUUUAUACUUGUGCGUCAAAUUGACGCCAUAGUUACAGCAUAGCCGCGAACCCUAUGCAGAUCCCUACACCGUAGCCUGACACACACCUCUCCCAAAAUGUAACCACGCAUCGCGGCAACGCAAACCGCAACAACUGUGAUUGGUCUGCUUGGUAGCAUUGCAUUUCCUCCUACGCCGCAAUAGCUUCCCAUUGGGCAACUGAAGGGCAGGGAAGCUUUCCAUAAAGCUCUAUAGACCUCCGAAAUUAUGGAAUUUCGCUUUUAUGAAAAAAGACGUUUGCUUUAAACUUGUUUACCCCAAGAAAGACUACCAUGACCAUGAAGCCUUGCACAGGCAGGUGUGUGCGCAUGCGUGAUGUGUGCGAAUUGCAGGGCGAUACAGACACACCAACGCACAAGUAUAAAUGCUCGCAACGGCCUAGCCCACUUAGGUAGGCUACGGAGUAAGCUGGUACGCACAAGUGUAAAUCAGCCUUUAGGCCACUACAUCUCCAGAGGUCUCAACAGUGACUUCUGAGUCCCAGAGUCACCCCUCGUUGUGUCCUCCCACUCUUGAUGCUAUCUUGGAGCCCAGGGAGGUCUUUUCACUUGACCCAAAGCUAUUGACUACUUCUUUCUGCGGCCUCAGUGGCUCUGAUGGUUUGCUGUAGAGUCUCACCAUGGAUCCCUAGCUCCUUCAGCAACUUGAUGGUGGAUGUGGCUAUAAAUCCCCGACAACCCACAUCCAUAGCACAAACUUUGGUUUCCCUGCCACUGAAUCCUCCCACAGGACUGUGUUUCACGAUGUAGAUCAUCUGUAAUGUUGGUGGUAGCAAUUUCUGGUGGAAAGGUGAGUUGUUUAUUGACAUCCUCCAGCAUUUUCCAGUCAUGGGCCAUGUUCAUCGGUCCUGUUUCUGGCUUAGUGGGGAGAUUAGUUGGUCUGUUCCCUCCCUCCCGGAUGAAUGCUGCUGAUGUCAGAGCGUUAGUUAUCCUAGGGGGCAGUGAGGUCGUUGCUAUCCUCUUGGUCUCAGUUGGUGUUGCCAGGCUCUUCAAGACCUGGUUCUGACGCCACAUGUAUCUGCCUUGUGUGAGGCUGGUUUUGCAGCUUACCAGGAUAUGAUUGAGGGUUGCCGGAUUCGGGCACAGGGAACAAGUUGGGCUCUCACCGAACCACUAGUGAAGGUUUCUUGUGAGGGAAGCACAUCAAAUGUAGCUCUGAUGAGAAAGCUAAGUCUGUUUGCUUCAAUCUCCCAUAUGUCCUUCCAGGUGACUUCCCUCCUCUCACUGUUUUCCCACUGCAUCCAUUGCCCCUGCUUAGCCAGGGAGACAGCCUUUGCACUUUUGUCUGACUCCUCUUGUCACCACACUUCCUUGACAACCAUUUUCCUUGCUCUGGAAUUGUGGCCUUGUGCCAGGUGGGUCCACUUGCUGUCAGACCAAAGCCACCCCUGCCCUGUUGGACUUGCCCCACAAUGUCUCUAUCCCUCAGGGCUGCUGUUGCUGCAUCACAUCAGCUGGGGUCCAUUUCCACCCAUUUGAUAAGGUCCGUGCAUGGUCUUGUCAUGUUACUGAUGGUCUUGUCAUGAGAGUUUUUGAUUGUCAUCUGCAGAUAAACUUCAGAAUACUUGGAUUUCUCUAAGGCUGGUGAAAAGUAGUUCAAGGACUCCUUUACUAUAGAGACUGAUGUUACUGUUGCACUUUGGAACACCGAACCACUUCUUUACGAAUGACAUGGUGGUUCGCUCGAGCUUUUUCACAGUUGAUGGUGAGACUUCAUAGGUAGUGAGUGGCCACAUUACCUGGGGUAGGAGUCCAAAUUGUAAGCACCAGAUCUUCAGUUUUCUUGGCAGCAUGGUCUUGUCGAUGUUAUCUAGGCUGUUGGCAAUGUGUUGCUUUAGUUGCAGUACCUGCUUUUUGUCUGUGAGGCUGGCAUUGUACUACCUACCCAGGCUGUUCAGACACUGUUGGAAUUAGGUCAUUGCAGAUGAAGAACUUUGUCUUUCAGCAUUCCCUUGUCUAUAGAGAUGCUUUGUGACUUGCUGGGUUUGAUUUUCAUUCUGGCCCACUUGAUGUUUUCCUGCAGCUUUCCAAGUAGUCACUUGGUGCAUGCUGCAGUAGUGGUCAGUGUUGUUAUAUCGUCCCUGUACGUCCUAGUAAGAAGACCAAGUCCAGCACUUGAUCUUUUACUGCCUCCCACCUACUUUGAAGCCCUGAUAAUAACCUCCAGGGAUGAUAGAAUGCAACCUGUCAUAAUGCCUACUUCCAGUCUCUGCCAUGUUGUGGUAAAAUCUGCUGUUGUGAGGCACAAUUGCAGGUCUUGGAAGUACAAGUUCCCCAGUGUUGUGAUGGGCUCUGGUAUCUGGAAGAAGUCAAAUGCUUCCCAGAGGAGUGCAUGGGGAAUUGAGUGGAAUGAACUGGCGAGGUCCAGGAAGAUCACAUAGAGAUUUUUUUAUGUCCUUCCUAGCUGCUUGGAUCUGGUGCCAUAUCAUGUUUGUAUGUUCCAAACACCUAGAGAACCCUGAAAUUCCUGCUUUCGGUACAGGUGUAUCAAUGUACUUGUUUCUCUCCAGGUAGCUGGCCAGCCUCUAUGCCAUUACAGUGAAGAUGAUGUUCCCCCCCUCAAUGUUCGGAAGACAGAUUGGUCAAAACUGACUGUUCUCUGCAUCCUUUUCUUUUGGAAUAAGGACACCACCAGACCUUCGCCACACUUCGGGUAUUAUUCACCUCUGCCACACUACCCUCCUGAGCCUCCAGAGAAACUGCAAGACGUCCGGUGCGUUUUUAUAAAGUACUCCUUUAGGCCCGAGAGCAGAUGCCGCUCCUGCCUGCCAGAAUCCAGAUGAUAAGUGGGGGGCUGAAUUGGUGAGAUGUCAGAUGGAAUGAUCAUAUGUUCCUGCCUUUUCAAGUUGGUGUAAAUUUUUUCCAGGUACUCUUCUAGUUCCUGCUUUGAUGUUUUCAUCGAAGUUCCACUUUUUUUCUGGUGAGGAGUCCUUUAAUGAACUUGAAGGGUCUACUCCACGCUCUAUUGCGAAAAUAAAUAAAAUUUUAUAAAAACUCGCCCACACAUCUGUGCUGCAUUCCUUGAUGUAGCCACUGACUCUUCCUCUCUUGAUGCUAUGCCUGACCCCAGCUCCAUCCCUCUGUUGUCUUCACUAUCCGCUUUUAACUUUAUUUUUUAAUUACUUUAUUUAACUUUAAAUUUACUUCACUGGAUCUGCACCCCCACCCCCAUCGCUCAGCUGAGAUCUCACCCUAGAGUCCCUUUAGAACAGAAAUAUGGAGAAAUUUCUAUAGCCAGAGGGUGGUGAAUCUCUGGAAUUCAAUGCCACAGAUGGCCAAGUCAUUGGGAAUAUUUAAAGCAAAGGUUGAUGGGUUCGUGAUUAGUAAGGGUGUCAAAGAUUGCAGGGAGAAGGCAGGAGAAUGAGGUUGGGGAGAAAAUAAAUUAACCACGAUCAAAUAGUGGAGUAAACUUGAUGGGCUGAUUCUGCUUCUCUGUCUUGUGAUCUUUGUAUCCCUGUUUUCACGUUUCAGAGAGGUCGAGAUCCAUCAGGUGUUGAGCUUUUCUGUAGCCUCUGUCUCCAUGCUAGUUUCUUUGGUAAGAAAUCUUACCAAAGGAUUUAAGAUCCUUUCUCCUAUCUCCAACACUCCUUAGACAUUCCCUUCUAGCCGCUUAUCCCCCCUCAAUUUUUUCAUUUUCAGCUGCUCGCCUGACAUCAGCCAUAUUGACAUCUCCAAUCCCCUCACCCCAUCCCACUCCCCUGAACAUAUUGCUGUCCACUCUCUGCCCUGAUAGCAACCGCAGCAUCUACCCCACAAUCGAGGAUGGUGGUGUUGUAGUUUGGAGGACUGACCUUCACCUUACAGGGGUCAGAUGGCAGAUCUCAGACACCGCUUCUUACUUACCCCUGGAUCAGAACCUGGCCAACUAGCACCGGACCACCAUCACCCAAACCUUCACAGAUUUAUCACCUUUGGAAAUCUUCCAUCUACCACUUCCAACUUAAUAGUUCCCUACCACAUGAUCCUGUUUUGUGUUCUGCCCUAUCCAUGUAAAGGGUCCUGUGAAGUGUUUUACUGUUUUCAGAAUUUUUUGCACUUGCAUCUGACCGUUCAGUCUGUAUUACUCAAUUACUAGAAACCUGCCUAACUCUUGUCCUGUCGAAGGGUCUCGGCCAAAACGUCAGCUGUACUUUUUUCCAAAGAUGCUGACUGCUCCGAGUUCCUCCAGCAUUUUGUGUGUGUUGCUUAGAUUUCCAGCUUCUACAGAUUCUCUUGUUUGAACUCUUGUAUUGUUUGGGCUUGUGUUUAUAUUUUAAACUCUUCAGUUAUAAUUUGUUCUAAAUGAACAAAUACUUUUUAAAAAUUGAAUAAUUCUUAAUCAACAUCUUAUUCUUUAGGUUGAAUAUAUCAUGCAAUACUGUAAGUUUGGAUAGGAGUUGACGCUGGUGUGCUGUCGCCAUGAUUUGACAAAUGCCCCAUUAGUCCUGACGAAGGGUCUUGGCCCAAAACGUCGACUGUACCUCUUCCUAGAGAUGCUGCCUGGCCUGCUGCGUUCACCAGCAACUUUGAUGUGUGUUGCUUGAAUUUCCAGCAUUUGCAGAAUUCCUCGUGUAUACGUUCCUUGUUUCUAUGUUGUUUCUACAGAGGAAUUAACAGAGGGAAUAACUGGGCUAUUGUUCUGAUGUAGUUUAACGCAGUCCUAGCUUUGCCUUGAAAUACAAGUCUAUAGCUAAGUGAGAAUAAUUGAAUCCUGGUGAAAAUUCAGUGAUAAAUUUAGAUCUUGAAUGCAGUGUGCUGGAGUUAUACUUUAAAUGUUGAAAUGUUGUGCUGUAAUGUAGGAAAUCAUUUUGCAUAUGAUUGUAUAACAAUUAAGAACUAAUAUAAAAACAGAAUAUGCAUCACUGUGGAGAUACAAGCAGAGUUAAUGUUUCAAGCUGAUUACAUUUGAAACACCAGAAAAUCUGCAGAUGCUGGAAAUCCGAAGCAAACACAAAAUGCUGGAGGAACUCUGCAGGCCAGACAGCAUCCUGAUGAAGGGUCUCAGACCGAAAUAUCAAUUGUUUACUCUUUUCCAUAGAUGCUGCCUGGCCUGCUGAGUUCUUCCAGCAUUCUGGUGUGUUGCUUUUGAAAGAAUUUUCUGUUCUUAUUGUAACUCUCCAGCGCUUAGUCAUUGAAUUUGUACAGUACAGAAACUGGCCUUUUGGUACUUUAUCUUGCAGAAACCAGACAGCAGCUCUUGUAGACUGGUGACUGGGAUCAUUUUGGGAAACCAGGAGAUCAUUUGAGAUGCCCAGUUCUUUAAGGUACCCUUCCACUCUUGAACUUUGUUCAAAGUACUGGCUUUAUAGGAAAAAGGGAAGGUACAUUGCAUCCAGAGUUUCUCAUGCCUCUCUGACGUAGUGGGGAACCGCGUACGAGGCAAGUUACAGCAGUGGUUUGCCAUUGCCUUCUGACGGGUGAGUUUCCAAAGAGAUCACCAGCUGGUAACCCAGCACGGAUGGAAAGCGUGCAGGGGAGCCGGCUGGAUUCGAACCCAGGACCUUUUGUCCUGAAGUACGGCACUGAUGCCACUACGCCACCAACCGGGUCUAUAGAAGGGACUGAAAUUCCAUAAAUCUUGUGCAAGUCUCCGACUGUAUCAGUGAGCAUUUGGGUAAUUGUGUAAUAAAGUGAUUAGUGUCAGUGUGAAGUUAAUAAUGAAGGUAGUUUGUUCCUUGUUCCACGCUUUUCAUGUGCAGGGUCCAUCACAAAACACCAGUCCAUUUACUGUUUCAUCUUCUUGAAUUUACAUCUGAAAAGGAAACCAAAUCAUCAUUUGAACUAUUAAGAAUCUGUUUUGGGUCACCUUUAAUUGGGAAAGGUUUUUAAGUCAGUGUGACAUUAUAUAUCUCAAGUAAGAACAUGUGAAAUUCACAGCAGAAAAAAAUGGAGGUCUGUGUUUUCAUAUCAGGGUUCAAAAAAGUGCAACUUCAUCCUUAGUAAUAUAACAUUUAAUGUUUCAACUGUGUUCUUGGUGUGAUUUUUCACCUUUAAAUGUCUGUUGAUAUCUUUUGUGUGCUUUGGAUCAGUAUUUCUACACCAUGCUUUCUCUCUCCAAGUCCUGCUCCAGAUGCUGCUUGACUAUUCAUACUUUUGCCCAACUGAUCUUUAAGCAGUCUAUUAAUCCUUGAUUACUUUCCCCUCUCUCUGCCUCAUUGAUCUUUACCUUCCACCCAAAGUGCCAAGCCUAGGUUUUUGAAACAAAUUCGGAAUUUCUACGAAAUUGCCUAUUAAGGCAUCAGGUUCAUACUAAUAUUUUUACUUUUAUUGAGCACACUGGGAAUUCUAAAGCAUCAUGUUAUAUCAAAUAUUUGAUCAUCUUGUAAAUAAUUCAUGACAACCUGUGAACUUAUUUUUGAGGAUUUUUGGUGGUAUUCCAUAUCUUCUGCAGGCUUGGUAAAGGUCAGAUUAGGUGUUUAUAAAAUUGCAUCAACCAUGCUAAUUUCAUGCUGUGCUUGUUGCUUAGGGCUGUAACUGUGCUACCGUUGGCCUGAUCAGCUGUUGUUGAAACAUCUCUUAAGAACCCAUGUUCAUAUUUCUGUUAUUUUCGUGUUUUAUUACAUAGAAAGCCAUUUCGCCCAGUCUGUGGCAGUUCAAUUCACACACUGCAACUUCCCUAUUCCCCGUUAACCAAGAUUCAAGACUGUUUAAUGUAAUUUCCUUUACACAAGUGUAAGAACAAAAUAAUUUAUUCUAGAUCUGAUGCAGCACAAAAAAUUUAAAGAUAAGGAACACAAUAUUAAUAAAAACACAAUAAAUAUAAAUACGUAGCUUAUAUACAUAAAUUGUAUGCCCACCACCUACUUACACUAUGGGUAUUUCAUGGUGGCCAAUCUGUCAACCAAAUGUGUCUUAAAGGUAAAUGCUGAUUUAUACUUGUGCGUCAAAUGUACGCCGUAGCCUAACGCACACCUCUCCCAAAAUGUAACUACGCAUUGCGGCGUCGCAGACUGCAACAACUGUGAUUGGUCCACUUGGUAGCAUCGCAUUUCCUCCUACACUGCAAUAGCUUCCCAUGGGUGACUGAAGGGCAGGGAAGGAACUCUGGUUGCGAUGCUUUCCAUAAAACUUUACAGACCUCUGAAAUUAUGGAGGACCCUGUGCUUGAUGCCAGUUUGUAGCUAGCUGCUACAGCCUGUUGACUUCCACCUGAAGCUAAAACUCGAAUGGUGAUUGCCAGUCUCAGAGUAUACUGUGCAUACACAGAUGCGAAAUAAAUGGUUGGAGACGAUGAAACAAAUCGUCGAAUCUACCUGCUGACGUCCGAAAAUAUUUGAAAUGCAUUUCCUCGUCCAUGUCUCUCAGUGACCGGACAAGCACAGAAAAUUCACCCUCCUUCAGUUUCAGUCGCCAUUGUUUGAAGUUUGAGUUUCCUCGUGUUGAGUUUCAACACGAAGAAACACAACACAGUGGCAGAGAAACCCCUCCACCAACUAGCAUUUUGGCGGUGAAUUGCAGAGCAAGGCAGAUACAGGCGUAAACUAGUACGCACAGGUAUAAAUCAGCCUUUAACCCACAGGGUCACAGCGAGAAUUUUUAAACUUCACAAAUAGCACUGGAGGUCAGGAUUGAACCCUUGUCUCUGGAGCUGAGGCAUCAGCAUAAUCUGCUAUACCCGUGUUUUUUGCAUUGAUGCUUUCUACAAUUUUAAACAAUGAUCAAGAAGGGUCUUAAUGUUUUCAGUUCUCAUUAAUGAGCUAUUGAAUUCUCUCCUCUUUCUGGGACCAUUGAAUGAUAUGCCUGUUCCAAUUUUGGUGAAAUUUAUUUUGGUCGAAAUACAGUGAGAAAUAUUUUUCUAAAAUGUGUAUCAAAGAGAUGAGAGUUUAUCAUAAGUAUGAUUGUGACAUAAAAUGAGGGAGCAGGGAGUAGUUAAAAUGGGAAAAGAAUGUGUCUCAAAUGUUUUCUACAAUCAAGGUUUAGAUCCAAAGUUCUAUUUUUUGUAAGUGUGGCUCUAACUUGAAUUUUUACAUAUGUGCAACUAGCUUUAAUUGACAAGUUGACCUAUAUCAUAGCAGCAUUUCAUACAGUACAAUAGAGGGAAAAAAAGCUUUUACCCAAUUUUGUUAAAAGAUGAUUAUUCAUUUUGCUAUAUGAAAAUUCUUGGUUGUUGUAAAGCAAUGCUAUGCAAAAUUGUUACUUCAACUUUAGAUACUUUACCUCAAUAAAGUUUUUAAAUAAACGACCUCCAAGUGUUACCUACACUUAAGUCUCCAGAUUGAAAUUUUUGGUUUUCUGAAAGUUCUGUUGUAAUGUAAACAUGAAGCUUUGGAGUGGAACACACUACUGUAACAUUCACAAUAUCUCACAACAUACUUAAAAUUAUACAAUUCUAAGAGUCUUUUGAGGUGGGUUGGUGGUCUGUUGAAGACUGCAUUGCCAUUUCUUAAAGAGAAGCAUUUCCAUCUUGUUUAAAAGUAAUUGCUGUCAAACUGUUUCCCAUGGAUUGGUUCCUCAGUCCUGCCGAAGGGCUUCAGCCAGAAAUGUCGACUAUACUCUUUUCCAUAGAUGUUGCCUGGCCUGCUGAGUUCCUCCAGCAUUUUGUGUGUCUUCCCCAUGGAUUGGAAUGGGUAUGUAUUUGGCAAAUGUGUUCUAUUAUGGAUGAAUGCAAGAUAUUGAUUCUUUAUCCAUUGAGGAACGUGUAAAUUCGAGAGUAACCAAGGUGGUCCAGAGGAUUGAUUAUGGAAUGAUUAAAAAGAAAGUACAUUGUACUGAACUUUAGAACCAGCUAGACCAAAAUUGGAUGGCUCUGAGUAGUUGCUACAAAAGGGCAUGUGAAGAAGAAAAACAUAAUUACAUAGAAAAGAUACCAAAAAUGAAAAGCAAAGAGGGAACAGAAUUGGAUUCUUAACUUAUUACAGAGAAUAAUUGUGUGGUUGACUGCGAUUUUGCAAGAGUGGAAACUGA